AUGUCCCAUUACCAAGACGUUUUACCCGCUUAUGACGAGGCCGCUCCGCCCGGCUAUUCCCGCGACGACAUCGAGCUGGGCGCCGGCGGCGAGAAGUACGGACUGGAUAUAAAGAAACCGCUGCCUUCAGACGACUUCGAGGAGAGUUUCCCUCUGGAGCAGCCCAAAUGGACCGACUGGCCGUUUGCAGUGGUAUUCAGGGUGGUGCUGGUGCUGUUUCUGGGACUAGUCGUGUUCACCACGCAGGACGUCGUCGUAGAGGUCGCACACGUCAACACAGACCAGACCAGACUGAUCGGUCUGGUGCUUGCCACCGGCGUGGUUUGCACGUACGGCGGCAUUGUGGUGCUGCGGAAAUGGCCGACGGUGUUUAUCAACGCGGGCUGUCUGCUUAACGUGGCUGCCGCGUCUGCCCUGGCCGCUGGCGCGCUCUCCAACGACAACCUAUGGACUGGCGUCGCGUUCAGCUUCCUGACGCUCGUCCAUAUCGUGUGGUACCUUGACGUGCGCCGUCGCAUCCCGCUCAGCUCGCUGCUGCUGAAACAAGUUAUUGGUGUGGCCCAGAAGAACCCCGUUACGUGGAAGAUAUCGGCCGCGGGCACGCUUGUAUCGGCCGUGUUCAGUCUGGCUGCCGUUUUCGCUAUUUACGGAACCAUGGUGAAAUGGGGACUGGACGAGACCGGACAGCUCAAGAACAAACCCAUGUUCGUGGCAAUGGGCAUAUUCGUGCUGUUCACCGGCACCUACAUCGCGGAGGUGCUCAAGAACGUGCUGCACUCAACGGUUGCCGGCGUGUACGGCUCGUGGUACUACCUUUCGCACGCAGACAGAUGUCCGAAAAACGCCGGCUUUGCAGCGUUCAAGCGCAGCGUGACGUACUCGUUCGGCUCCAUCUGCUUCGGCUCGCUCAUAGUCUCUGUCAUCCGGACGCUCAGCAACGUGGCCGGCUUGGCAAAGCACUGGGCCGCCCAGGAGGGAGGACUGGCCGGCUACAUUGGUUUCUACGUCAUCGAGAUCUUCGCUUCUAUUAUGGAGGCCAUGGUGAGAUGGCUCAACGAGUACGCGUACUCGCUGGUGUCGCUCUAUGGACUUGACUUUCUGCACGCUGCGCGCGGGGCAUUUGCGCUCGUCGAGCAAAAAGGCCUCAGUGCGCUCAUCAACGACUGUCUGAUCAGCACGGCGCUGGGCCUGUACUCGCUGUUUGUGGCGUACGCGUGCGCCCUUGUGUCUGUGCUCUUUCUCUUCACCACGCAGCCCGCCUGGGCCCAAAACACAGACGGCAUGGUGGACGUCAACACGGAGGUUGUUUUGACGGUGCUGUUUGCGAGCGCGUUCGGCUUCUUUGUCGCCAGCGUUGCCACCAGCGUUGUGCACAGCGGCACUGUCACGUUUUUCAUCAUGCUCGCCAAGGACCCCGAGGUCUACAAGGCGACGCACCCCGACGAGUUUGCCCGGGUUUUUGCAGCGUAUCCUGACGUCGAGCGGAAGCUGCAAAUAGACGAUUUCUGA